UCAAACCUCGGUCAUACAUCACGGAUCAAAUCAGGAGCUUAGUUAGCAAUCCAUAGAUCACAAAUUAAUUCUAACUCAGGAGUUUAGUUGGCAAAUCUUAGAUCACAGAUUAAUUCUAACUCAGGAGUUUAGUUAGCAAGACUUAGAUCACAGAUUAAUCCUUAUUCAGGAGUUCAGUUGCUUUCAAAUGCUGAGGCUGUGAAGAGGAUAUACGAGCGAUAUCCAUCUUAGGACAGAGAUGGGUCGCUGGCUUGAAUUUCAACAAGUCGCGGUGAUUUUGGUUGUUUUUUUCACAUUGAAUCAAUCAUCUGCUUUAAAAGAUCAACCAAGGCUUGAAACUCGUAAUGGACAUUUGUAUAUAAUAGCUGCAGACUCUCAGAAUAUUACAUUUGUCACUUCUGGAAAUGGAGCUGUUAAUUUGAACGGGGAAAAUCUGGCUCACCUUGUGGCUGUUGCAAAAAAAGCAGCUUCAAUUGUGGAGAAUGUACAGUCCAGCGUCCUGGUUCCAUUUGAAGAACGUCUGAAUACGUUGGCAGAUAGCAUAAAUGGUCCAAACGGAUUGCUGCAGGCUCUGGCCCAAUUACAGAGCAACAGGGACAAUACUUCAAUAGCUGUCACUGGAACCGGAAAGAGAUCCGAUGUAAAAGCGUUGAAAUCUAGAAUCAAUAGACUGGAGUCUAAUGUGAGAUUACUCAGGCAACUGUUGAGAACUGAUGAAUGUCAGAGCAAUCCAUGUCAAAAUGGAGGAACAUGUACGGAUAUGUAUGCCGGAUAUCAUUGUCAUUGCCCAGACCAGUGGGAGGGUGCCCAAUGCACAAUAGACGUGAACGAGUGUGCCCGUUUUGGAGGCACCGAAUUCGGUUGCCAGAACGGGGCGACUUGUAUCAACCGACCUGGCAGCUACCAAUGUGCCUGUGCCCCCGGCUACCAUGGCACCCAUUGUGCCAGCAAGCAACUCAAGUGCACCAAUGCCAACUCACGCGAGCUCUGCGGUCAUGGCACGUGUAUUGUGCCUGAAGGAGGGGCUGCUGAUCCUGGGUUUAUCUGUAUUUGCGAGACUGGCUGGGAAAAAGAUGGCUACUCCUGUACCAAGGACAUUGACGAAUGUAAAAGUUUCAGAGGAGUUUGUUCUCAAAAUCCACCAGUUAGAUGUCAUAAUGUUCCCGGUUCUUAUUACUGUGAACAGUGUCCACCAGGUUACUCAGGUGAUGGAUAUUUCUGUUCGGAUAUUGAUGAAUGUGCCAUUAACAAUGGAGGAUGCAGUCUUUUACCAAGAGUAUCUUGCGUCAAUACUCAGGGUUCAAGAACGUGUGGGCCCUGCCCACCAGGGUAUAUUGGAGACGGUGUUACCUGCACUUACGCCGGAGGGGCUUGUCAUGUCAACAAUGGAGGCUGUCAUCCCAGUGCCAGGUGCAUGCAAGUACCAGGAAUCAGCAACUCAUUUGUGCAAUGCACAUGUCCCGAGGGAUACACAGGGAGCGGUCUGGGCGCAGACGGAUGUGUGUUCACAGGGAUGGCUGUCUUCAACCCCUGCUCGCCCAAUCCUUGCAAAAAUGGCGGAUCAUGUCAGAACACUUUCGGAAACAACUUUUACUGUAUGUGCGCUGUGCAGUUCUAUGGUACUACCUGUGAUAAGGAACGGGAUCUGUGUACUCCAAACCCAUGCCAGAAUGGCGGAACCUGCGUUCCUAAUACAAGCUACGUUCCCAAAUCCAGAUUUGAGUUUGGUAAUGAGAACUAUCAUACAUGCAACUGUGUGGCUGGUUAUACUGGCAACAACUGCCAGACUGAACUCCAAGAAUGCGGCAUGGGACCCACAGCAGUGGACGUUGGUGAGAUCAGGUAUCCUCUGAGUGGAUCUCACACCUACCAAGGCAACAGCCAUUGUGAGUGGACUCUCUACGCUCGCAAUGAGACUGAAGUGCUCAACAUCACUUUCACCAAAUUCGAUCUGGAAUCGUCCACUCUCUGCAAAUCUGAUUACAUUCAGAUCUACGAUGGAAUCCCCCCCUUCGGCCAAGUGGUGGGGAGAAAUCGGUACUGUGGCAAGACACCGCCACCCCCUUUCCAGUCUGUUCAUAACCGCAUCUCAGUCACAUUUCACACCGACAAAUCAGUCAGUGGAGACGGAUUUGCUUUCAACUAUACUGCUGUCAAACCAGUUUGUGGCGGAAGAAAGUUCGUGAUAUCGAAUGGACAGAUCAGUUCACCGGGAUCACCAGGCCACUAUCCUCCCAACAAGGACUGUUUCUACAUCCUCAGCACCAGCUUCAACAAACGACUUCAACUCAACUUCUUCUCCUUGGACAUUGAGGAGUCACCUGAUUGCUCCAAGGAUUAUCUCAGGGUAUUCUAUAAUUCGCUCUAUCAUCUAUCUAUUUGUGGCGGAAGAAAGUUCGUGAUAUCGAAUGGACAGAUCAGUUCACCGGGAUCACCAGGCCACUAUCCUCCCAACAAGGACUGUUUCUACAUCCUGAGCACCAGCUUCAACAAACGACUUCAACUCAACUUUUUCUCCUUGGACAUUGAGGAGUCACCUGAUUGCACCAAGGAUUAUCUCAGGGUAUGGACUGAAGACGACCUACAAUUGGAGAAGUACUGCGGUAAAACCACCACGCCCACCCCGAUCGUUUCAGUUUCAAACACAAUCAAAAUUGAAUUUCAUUCGGAUGGCGAAGGUUCAGGAUCUGGAUUCCAAAUUGCCUACAAUAUUUUACCAGGCACCCCAGGCUGCGGCGGUAUCCUGACAGGUGCCAAGGGGCAAAUAGUUUCCCCCACCUCCACUCCUCACAACGCUGAUCAGUCUGGCACCUACCCUGAGAAUCUGCACUGUGAGUGGCUAAUACAAGUGCCCAAGGGACAGCGAAUCAAAAUGUAUUUCACAAAGUUCUCGCUGGAGGGACGCGGGAAGUGUGAGCAUGAUAAGUUGCAGAUUUCGGACGGUGGAGACUCAAGAGCAAAGCUGAUUGGAAAAUGGUGUGGAAACCAGUUGCCUCCAGUCGUGGAAACAACCGGAAACCAAGCAUUGGUGGAGUUUGUUACUGAUAAGACUAUUGGCGAUGAAGGGUUCCGAUUGGUCUACGAAAUCAUUUGUGGAGGAGUAUUCACUGAAGCGGAGGGUUCAUUCAAUUCUCCAAUGUAUCCAAGCAACUACAUGGUGGACCAUGCUUGCACGUAUCUCAUCGAGCAGCCUCCGGGCAAGGUCAUCAAACUGCAGUUCAUGGAUUUCGAUGUGUUCGGACUGCCUGGAAAAGGAAACGACCGCUGUCUCGGAGAUUAUGUUCGGGUAUUCGAUGGUGAGACCAACAAUGCAACAAAAAUUGGAGAAUACUGCGCCAAUCUGAAACCGAAUCUUAUCACAUCCAGCUUCAACUAUUUGAGGGUUGAGUUUCUAUCCACCAAACAUCGAACUGCCAGAGGAUUUUUUGCCAAUUAUACUACUAUGGAUGUUGCCUGCGGCGGUAUCCUAAAAUCGCUGACUGGCAUAAUCCAAUCACCGCAGUCGGCCAAUAAGCAGGGCAAGUACCCUCAUAACAUGUACUGUAUAUGGACAGUGGCGGCCCCUGUCGGAUAUGUCAUACAACUUACAUGGUCUCACUUCUCACUGGAGCCCAGCACCAACAACUGUGUACAUGACUAUGUAAAUGUAUUCGACAACUCCAGCUAUGUAAGCGCGGAUGGUAGCAGUGCUAGCAGCCUAGGAAGAUAUUGUGGAAGAGUUUUGCCUCCUCAGAUGACUUCCAACGAUAAUGUUAUUACAGUUAUAUUCAGGAGUGAUGGCAGUGUGGCCAAUGAAGGAUUCUUAGCCAAUUACAUUAUGAAGAAUGCCACUAUGACUUGCGGAGGAAGCUACCUGUCAUCCUACGGUAUCAUCAGGUCACCCAACUUCCCGAAGCCCUACCCGGGUAAUCGACAGUGUUCCUGGGUCAUUCACACCCGCAACAACCAGCAGGUGCGCCUCAGGGUGCACCACUUCCAGAUGGACCGCAACACUCACCCUCAGUGUCUCAGGGAUUAUCUGGAAAUCAGGAAUGGAGGAUCCGAUCAUUCUCCUCUGAUAGGCAAAUACUGCGGCACAACUAUUCCAGAGGAGAUUCUGUCUCUUGGCAACCAGUUGUUCAUCAAAUUCAACUCUCACUCUCUCACUUACGGCGGAGUUUUCAACAUGACUUGGGAUAGCAGCGUGACUGGAUGUGGAGGCGAAAUAGUCGGGGUGUCAGGCUCAAUACACUCCCCCAACUACCCGCAGCCCUAUGGAAAGAACGCCGAAUGCUUUUACACGGUGACAGUGUCAAAGGGAAGUAAGAUCCAACUGACUAUAGUCGACCUGCAACUUGAGAAUAGCAGGAAUUGUCAGCUCGACUAUAUACAGGUCUUCGACGGUCCCAGUGAGAAGUACCCUGAGGUUGGCAAAUACUGUAAUGUGCAUCCACCAAAUUUUGUCUCCAAGUCCAAUCAGAUAUUCAUCAAAUUCAGGUCGGAUAGCACCGUCGAGUAUAGAGGAUUCCAUCUCUCCUACAAAACUGUUUGCGAGGGAGUGGAGCUAACAGGAUUCAGAGGGGUGAUCGAGUCUCCCAAUUUCCCCUCGAUUUUCGAGCCGAGUGUGAACUGUACUUGGAAGAUAAAGGCGCCCCAAGGCAACAAAGUUAACAUCACUUUCUCGCACUUCGAUCUGGGAAAACAGUUUGGCUUCCUCAGUAGAGUCGGCUGCUCCUUCCUUGGAUAUGUUGAGAUUGGUACCCAAGACACCAAAAACCAUGAAGACGGAGAUGAAAGAGAGACAACUAUAGGCCAGUAUUGCAAAAACACCCUCCCAGCUCCCAUAACCACUUCUGGCAAUAUAGCUACAGUCAAACUGCGUGCCACGAUGAGGGUGUUUCAGGGCUUCAGACUCGAGUGGGCUGUACAUGGAUGCGGUGGCGAGUUGCAUGACAGAUUAUCGGGCGAAAUUCAUUCUCCCGGAUAUCCGUCUUCCUAUGAUCACAGACUGACCUGCGAAUGGCACAUAUCCGUCCCACCUGGCAACAGCAUACAGAUAAACGUCACAGACUUCAAUCUGGAGCACACGUACGGAUGCUUUGGCGACUAUCUCAUGCUUUUCGGAGGCCCCGACGAAGACUCACCUGUGCACUCUCGGCUGUGUGCCAACCAACCUGUGCCUUUAAUUCAGACGUCAUCCUCCAACCACAUGUUUGUCCGCUUCAACAGUGACGGCACCUUCAACGGUCGCGGGUUCCACGCCAUAUACACGGCUGUGCCCUCAAAGUGUGGAGGUUUAUUCACUGGAACAUCAGGCAAAAUCUACUCAAGGAAUUAUCCCAAGCAUUACGAGAAGACUGACGACUGUAUAUGGCAGAUAAAAACUAAAGAACAUCAUCUUCUCAACUUGACUUUCAACGAAUUCAACAUAUUUUCAUCUACAAACUGUUCAUUGGAUUCUGUAACUGUUUACGAUGGAGAAUCGUUGAAAGAUCCUGUUUUACUGGAGUAUUGUGGUAGUAAGCCUCCAGUACCGGCCUAUAUCAUGUCAACUGGUAACACUCUCACAAUACGACACAAAAGUAACAACACCCUUCCAAGGAAUGGAUUCACUGCAUCCUAUCAAAUGUCUUGUGGUGGGAAUCUGAUUGCAACAAACGAUCGAAAGUUUCUGUCCUACCAGGCAGCUCAUCAUUUUGUAGAUAUUGGCGAUUUCAGGAAGAACUGUUCAUGGUACAUUUCAGCCGAUUCAUUGGACAAACGAGUGACAAUCACGUUCUCAGCCCUGGAUAUCAGCAACUACCAUGCGUCGAAUGGUACAUGUGGAAAUGAAGGUCUGCUAGUGUAUGAUGGAGAAGAUGUGAAUGAUAGACCUGUGGAGAUAUGUGGCUCAAAACUGCCUCCACCGAUUGUGAGCACUGGCUCUAAGAUGUUGGUCAGAUUCCUGGAGAACUGGGCAACUGAUACCAGCUCCCAUUUUCUGAUCAGUUACUCGUCUAUGAGUUCAGAAUGUGGAGGGAAUAUAAGUGCUGAACAUGGUGUAAUCACGUCUAAAGAUUAUCCAAGUCUACAACAGCCUGAUUCCGAAUGUGUCUGGUAUCUCAAAGGAUCCGAAGGUGUGAACGUGAUCCUGGACCUGACCAUCCCCUGUGACAACCUCUCCAGAUCCCUCCUCCGCCCUGGACCAGGAUGCGACAUCCUCUUCAGACCCCAGGGCCCCCCGGAUGACUGCGGUGAGGAUUACCUGGAAGUUCGCGAGGACUCGUCUAGUGGCAGACUGCUGGGUCUCUACUGCUGCGAUCGACCGCCCACUAGCGCUCUGUCGGCCGGAAACCUGUGGCUGAAAUUCGAACUAGGCGCGUCCACCGUAUCCAAUCAUAACCUCAGGUUUACUGGGAACUUUCAUCUGAAUCACCUAAAUGAAAUCACAGGCUCGGCUGGUACAAUAUCUUCACCAUUUUACCCCAAAUUCUAUCCGAGACAAGGCACUUAUGAAUGGAGAAUCACUGUUACAUAUGGAAUGGUGGUCAGAAUUGCUUUCACCAAUCUACAAAUGGAGAACUCCUCCGGCUAUGAGGAUAAUUAUAUCGAGAUUUUCGAUGGAUUCGACUCAAAAGCGCCAUCACUGGCGAAGAAUUUCGGAACCGUGUCACCGGAUCCCGUACGAAGCACAGGCAACGUGGUAUUUAUCAGAUUUGUGACCAGCGGGUUCCUCUACAUCGGUUCCAAGUUCCAACUGACAUGGAUCGCCGAGGAUUUGGUUUUUGAUCCAUACUCGUCGUUCUUAACUAAGAAUGCUACUGAAGGAUGUGGAGGCCACGUAUUCGUAAGCCGUGUGACCGGCUUUAACGGGACUGCCCGCUUUGCAAGUCCCGGCUUCCCUGAAGGCUACGCCAGCGAUUUGAACUGUACGUGGACGGUGGAGACAGGCCCUGGGUUCAAACUUCAUAUGUCAUUCAUCGCCAUUGAUAUAGAGUCUUCUGAGAACUGUGAGGCCGACUAUGUGCAAGUGGCUAUACAGGAAAAGGACAAAGCAGAUAUGACGGUGAAGGGCAAAUACUGUGAGAAUACUGCGAAAUAUGAGUCAUAUAUCUACAACACACGUCGUAUGCAGGUUACAUUCGUCACAGACUAUUUUGUUAACAAGACUGGGUUUUCGGCUAUUGUCAAUGCUGUUUGCGGUGGUGAGCUAGAAGGCCCCAACGGUGAGAUCUCCACUUGGGACAUCGACCCGGAUCAGAGGCUGGCUCUCCACUCGGGCAUGGUUUGCGAGUGGCACGUCAAGGUGAGGCCAGGGCGCACCAUUCAGGUCCAAUUCGACAAGCUCGACAUACCUCAGGCGCCGGGCAAGGCUUGUGGCACUGACUAUGUUCUGUUGAAAAAUGGCGAGACAUAUUCGUCACCGAACCUGGGUGUUGGAAAGUAUUGUGGCACUUCCAUUCCUGUUCUGCCUGAUACAUCUAGCAACCAUCUCUAUGUCAAAUAUCCUAACCUGCCACAAGCCAGGGGCUUCAAACUUCUCUACCGCGAAGUGACCACGAACUGUGGAUGGGACGUGAAGCUGGCAAAUAACAAUGACACUCAGAUAAUUUCAACUCGUAACUAUCCCUCUACACCCGACCCACACUCUGAGUGCAUCUGGAGGGUGACGGCCCCCCCUGGAAGGUCCAUUCACAUCGACUUCCUUGACAAACUCACUAGUGGACAUACGGACUGUACCCGUGAGUAUGUAGAACUGAGAGACGGAGGCACUGAAACAUCUUAUCUGAUGGGAGGCAAGAGACACUGUUACACAACUCCUUCCUUCAAAAUCACCAGUGGAAACAUGCUUUGGAUAAAAUUCUUCACUGACGAGGAAGCCACUAUGGAUGGAUUCAGGAUAAAGGUUUCGCUGAAUCUAUGUGGAGGCACUUUCUACACCCCCAACACGGGGCUGAUAGAAUCGCCCAACUACCCCGAGAAUUAUCCUCGAAACACCUCAUGCCAGUGGCGACUACUGGCCCCAGGCAGUCACUCGUUCAGUUUACGUGUGCCUCAGCUCAACCUGCCUGGCUUCCGAACCGUCAACUGCGACCGAGCACCUGACAAACUCAAGGUCUUGUGGAAUGUGCCUGAUUUGGCUGAUAGGAGUCGCUUUGUCAUUGGCGAUUCAAACACAACAUCAAGAACUAUCUGCAACUCAAAUCAUUCUCCGACCGAGGUGAUACACUCGCCUGGCAACGAGGUUUUUAUCACCUUCCAGUCAUCCCCUGACUCCAUCGAGGCGAUGCCAAGGAGUUCGGUGAGCUCUGUACUCGGACCUCCCCCAUUCAGCCCCGGCCCCUUCUUCCACCCCAGGCUGUCGCUCUACACGAACCGUAUGUUCACCAACAGGGCACGACUAACAUUUCUCAGGGAUCAGCUGGCAGCUGGACGCAUGCUCAGUAGCACUCAAUUUGGCAGCAACAAACUGGUGUUUUUGGUUGAGUUCAACCAUACUGCCCAAGAGUGCCGCACCGAACUGAGACAAUCUCAAGGGGUGAUUGAGAGCCCUAACUACCCCAAGCCAGGGGUGCAGGACUUCUACUACUGUCAGUGGCGUAUCUACGUGCCCAAGGGGCGGAGAGUCACUUUCAAAAUUAUAGACCUCGAUAUGGAUGACACCGCUGUGGGAAAUUCGAAGAUGUGGGCGUUGCAGAGGAUCACUCUCUCUAACAACCCAGAAAGCUACUCGUACCGUAUCGCAAUGCUCACUGGCUCAAACCACACGGGGCGUGUUUUCGAAAGCACCAGUAACAUGAUGGUGGUGAACUAUGCAGUCAACAGACGUACUGUGCAUCGUGGAUUCAAGGCUGAGUUCUCUUCAGAUAAUCCGGCCUUGUGCGGCGGCGUGAUAACAACUUCAAUCGGAUCACCUGGUUCAAUUCGAACUUCGUCGGUGAUGAACUUAACAUCUUUCUACUGCGAGUGGGAAGUUCUCAAAUCGAACGCUAGCGGCAGCACUAUCAUGUUCAGUCUUACCGGUCUGGUGGGAAAUUCCCCUGGAGACUGUGAAUAUACCUCCACUAAACUGGCUUUCCUCAAUGACGAUUCAGUGAUUGAUACACUAUGUUCCAACUAUGAGAAGCCAGUUGUACUUCUCAGUCCGUUCUCGGUUACUACAUUGAAGGCCUACAAAAGUAUGUACAUUCGUUCACCGUACAUACCAACUCUAGCAUCCGGCCCCGAAAUCAACUACCACAUAGAGUACAGAGAGGUGCCAUGUGGAGGCAUCCUCAGGGGACCUGAACACGAAAUUGCUAGUCCGCCAUUUUCCAAUGCCACCGAUUCGCCCAUAGGAUGCGUCUGGAAAGUGACUUACCCAGAGGAACAGUCUAUUCAGAUAAACUUUUUGGAGAUCGACCUAUCGAUGAACUGUGAUCAGGAGUAUUUGGUGAUCUACAAUGGACCUCUGCCCACCUCCCCUCUCGCCCUGAAGUGGUGUGGCGCCAACCUCCCCUCCGCCCUCACGUCGCAGACCAAUCAGCUGUGGAUAGAGUACCAUUCACCCAAUAAACGCAAAGAGAGUAAAGUGAAAUUACGACUUAGUCCUACAUCGAAAGGUUGCGGAGGUGUUCACCAUGGCACGACAGGUGAAAUAAUGUCACCCGGCUUUUCUCUGAAAUACAUGCCUAACGUUGAGUGUGAUUGGGACAUCAGAGCUGAGUCUGGAUAUCGAAUUGUCCUCAAGUUCAUCGACCGAUUCUAUCUCGAAUUAUCCAAGGAUUGCACCAAGGAUUAUGUUAAGAUUUUCCUUUGGAAGAACAAGCAGUGGGUAGAGAACUCAGUACACUGCGGUCGAGACGAAGUCAACAAAGAGAUAGAGACUGAAGUGACGAGGGUCAGGGUCAUUUUCCACUCAGAUGCCAGCAACGAGGGAGAUGGAUUCAAGUUACUCUGGACAACCAAGUGUGGAGGAACGUUCACCGAGCCUCAAGGUCAAAUAAUGUCACCAAACUACCCUAAAAAGUAUGUCAAACUCCUGGAUUGCGCCUACCAUAUCACAGCUCCUGGCAAGAUUAUAAGGGGAUCGUUUACUGCUUUCGAUCUAGAAGAUGAUAACGACUGCAGAUACGACAAUGUGACAGUGACGGCAGAUAGUAGGAUGAGCAUGGACCCCCCGCGGGCCUACUGCGGUGUGAGCGCGCCUCCACCAAUCACAGAGCUCGAUCAACUCACCAUCAACUUUCGCUCUGAUUGGAUCAAGGAACGCACCGGGUUCCUCUUCGAGUACACUAUUGAUGAAUGUGGCGGCGAAGUAAAAUCACCGAGAGAGAUUUCCACACCAAAUCGUAACGGUGUUUACAUGGAUGGAUUGACUUGUACGUGGAACAUCACAGCACCCGAGGAUAAAGUCGUUAUCGUCACAUUCAAAUCAUUCAGCCUGGAGAGAAGCGUCAACUGUAGGUUCGAUUCACUCGCUGCCUGGCAAGUGGUGGACGGAGCUGAGUUCAAGAAGGGCGAGUACUGUGGAGAUGAGAAUCCAGGCACAAUCACCUCUCAACAGAAUAAACUCAACCUGAUUUUCAAAUCUGACGUCACCAACGGGUUGGAUGGUUUCGUGGCUAGCGUGAGGUUCACUUAUGGACCAAGCCAAGGCUGCGGAGGUAUUCUAUUCAUAGGUGAAGAGGCGCUGACAAUUUCGGCCCCUGACAUAGACCACAACGGACAUUAUGACUCAUUCCUCGAUUGCAGCUGGCAUGUCUCCACAGCUGAGGGAUAUGUCAUCCAAAUUGAGUUCGAACAUCUCAAGCUCGACGUAUGCAAGCAGUGUUCCUGUGAUUUUGUUGAGCUGAAAGACAGCUUGCAGAACAAUUCAAGUGUUAUCGGCCGAUACUGUGACACCCCACAAUUCAAGAUGGCGGCAACUGUUUCCAAUGAGCUCUGGAUCCGGUUCAAGACAGAUAACACCAGUAAUACUGGCACUGGAUUCAGGCUAAAGUUGACCAGGAAAACAUCGGAAUGCGGUGUGACCGAACUAACCGUUCAAAACGUGAGUCAAGUGUUGACCUCUCCCGGUUAUCCGGCCACCUGUAAGCCGGGUCUUCGUUGUGUGUGGACCCUCAAUAAUCCGGGCAACAGAUUGCUGAAACUGCACUAUUCCGACGUCCAUAUCGAGCCGUCUGAACGCUGUCUUGGUGAUCACCUCAAAGUGAUCGGUGUCGAAACUUGGACAUAUGGUGGCUUUUUGGAGUUUUUCUCGUCGUCGUAUUUGGAUAACAACAACAAAAAACAGCCCUUCUUCAACUUGUGCGGCCGAAAGAAAAAUUUGCCAGACACUUUAGCUUCGACAAGUAAAUUGAAAAUAGCAUUCGUCUGCUCUGCGGACCGGCCGGAGGGAUCUAAAGGCAGUGCUUUCAAAAUUGAAUAUUCAUCUUCAGAAUGUUCUAGAAACCUGACCAAUACUGAGUUCGGUCGUAUUAGGCACUCCAACGUUGUGAAAGACUGUCAGGUUCUGAUAACAGCUCCCAAUCAGAAUGACACCAUCUCGCUCUAUGUCCGCCAAAUCAGUUUCCUCAUCAGAGAUUGCACUUCUAAGAUAGCGAUCUACGAUGGUACAAACAAAGAUGGUAAACUGGUGGCCACGUGGUGUGGAGCAUAUAGCACUAAACCUCUAUACUCAACAGGGCCGGCUCUAUAUCUUCACAUCACCAUGGAGCCACAAAAUGAUGCAUACAGCAGCAAAUUCAUUCCUUCAUUUGAUCUAUCUUUCACUACAACUAGCAAAGGUAGAGGCUGUGGUGGAAGAAUGAUAGAAUACUCUGGAGCAAUAUCGAGUCCAUCUUUUGGCACCAAUGUGAGAAACAAUACAGAUUGUGAAUGGGAUAUCAUGAUACCAGUGCCUCAUCAGAAACUAAAAUUGAAUAUUUUUGAGUUCAACAUUGGAAGUAAAGCAUUAUGCGCGACAGAUUAUUUGGAAAUUUUCGAUGUAAAUGCUGAUGGCGAAUUGCAAUCAAGGGCCAAGUUCUGUGGAGGGGACUACCCAGGAACACUGAUUUGUAGCACGGGGCAUGCAGUUGUGAAAUCAGUUACUAGUGUUAAUAAUGCUGGAACUGGCUGGUAUAUGACAUUCGGCGCUGACCAUGACGUUAGCUAAACAUUUCAA